GAUGGCAUUUCCAUAUCAAUAUUGUCAUAUUUGCCAAGGGUCAUUACGUCUUUAUCUCAUUUUUCUAUUUAACCAUCUGGCACUUAGUCUUAGAUGAUAGGCCAAAUAAAACAAAAAUUAUUCCAGGCUAUCAAAAGUCAGUUUAAGCAAUUAUAGAGCUCUUGAAAUGAAGAAACAUGACGCGAAACGAAACAUCUACAACACCAACUGCAGAAUUUGAAAAAUAUUUUGAAUAUUGCGUUUGGGAGAAUUUAGAGUUGUUACUUGUCACUGGUUUUCAUUGUCGGCCAUGCUAUAUCAACCAUGUCGUCUGUUUAACUUACAAUUUCAUACAAACGCUCUUGAUAAUAGUUCUCAACUAUCUGGCUAUCCAUGCGUUUUGGAAAUCGCCGCAGUUAAAACGGAAAACUUCGUUUUUCGUUGUAAUGGUUUUAUCUUCAAACGACUUAGCAGCUGGACUCAUCGCAGAACCGCUAUUUUUGCUACAUCUGAGCAGGGAAAUACGUGGAAAUGAAAGAUGUUUAAAUGUCAUGAUGAGUCACCUAGCAAUUGAAAUACUUGUGUCUGCAUCAGUUGUCACAUUUUUGGCCCUAAAUUUUGAAAUAUAUUUGUCAGUCAUACAUCCAGUUUUUCAUAGAGAAAAAGUAACGAAUAGACGUAUUUUCAAAAUCGUUUUAAUCCUUUGGUUUGUCCAUUCGUUACGAGCCUACUUUUUUAUACAUUUCAUCGAUCAAGGAACAGUGAAAGUAAUACAAACCGUAUUUAUAACACUAACUAUGCUAGCAAUGGUUUUUAUGCAUACAAGAAUUUUUUUGGCAGUAUAUAACAGACGUAGGAUUGAUGUUAUCACUGGUCUUGCAAACAUUAAACGUCGAAAGGCUUUCCUGCAAGGAAUACGCGAUGCUAAAACAUGCUUUUUUGUUUUGUUUUGUACAUUCAGUUGCUAUCUGCCUUCUGCCAUUGAGGUUAGCUUGACGCCAAAAGCAACGUUUAAAGCAAUCAUCUUAAGUUCUUGGAGUACGACACUCAUUUUCUCAUUAUCAGUUCUUAAUUCCAUCUUGUUCUAUUGGCGCAAUAAGUUAUUGCGGAAAGAAGCAUUGCGUUGUCUUCGAAUAAAAUUUUCACACUGAGAUUUAAAAUACAAAGUAGUAUACUCAUGUAAGAUAUUUUGAACGUAGCAUUUUAACCUAUUCAUAUUUUCAAUGUAAUAAUAUUAUGUAAUGAUAUUUGAAAUAUUGGUGACAACGCGGGUCACAUCAGCAAGACGAAUCAAGGUCAUUAAUUAACCACUAAUAAUAUGCAAUAUUCAUUCUCUUCUUUCAAAAUAUAUUUAUGAGAAUAUAAGAGUUCUGUAUAACUAUCAUUAACUUGCAAACCGUUUGCAACACAGGUCGCAAGUUGGCAGUUUGAUUUUUUGUGUAAAUAUCAAUUGCAUGAUUUGGGAGUGACUUGAUCUUUUAUACAAUGCCUGAUUUUUAAACAACUUAUCUUAUUAGGAAAUACUCUUACAUUGCAUUCGAGUAAUGCAAUGUAAUAGGUUUAAAAAUUGUGAAAAAUCUCACCAGAAACAUAUAGAAAACCUCAUUUACAUUGUCUGCUUCAAAAUUUCCUCUGAAGCCACCCAAGAUAAGACGGCUUAAUCUCCUCCAAAAAUACCUUGUGAAUGCCAUCAAGGCUAUGAUAGGAAAUAUUGUUACAGGAUUGGGCCCCCUAACAAAAAAAUUGACCCUGGCCCCAAAAAUCUUCUGUGUGGCCCUGAAUGAAAACAAUCAAUUGGU